UUUAAUCAAACGCGGGAAGUUUAAUUUGGCGCCAGAUCAUACAGUGAAAGAAGACAAAGAAACUUCCAACUAAAAAACUACAAAUUCUUGAAUUUAAUUUGAUUUACCUGAAAAUUAGAUAGACACAAAAAUGUUUGUCAACAAAAGAGAUGGGCGACAAGAGAAGGUUAUGUUUGACAAGAUCACUUCAAGAAUACAAAAGCUUUGCUAUGGACUGCAUUCUGAUUUUGUAGACCCUGCUGCAAUUACGUUGAAGGUCAUAAAUGGAUUAUAUCCAGGUGUCACCACUGUGGAACUGGACAAUUUGGCUGCUGAAACAGCUGCUACCAUGACAACCAAACAUCCAGAUUAUGCCCAACUGGCUGCCAGAAUUGCUAUUUCAAACUUACACAAGGAAACAAAGAAAGUCUUUAGUGAGGUCAGUGAUGAUUUAUAUAAAUGGAUAAAUCCAAAAACGGGAAAGCAUUCGCCAAUGAUCUCCAAAGAAACCCAUGAGAUCAUCAUGAAAAAUGCUGAUAAGCUGAAUUCAGCAAUGAUUUAUGACAGAGAUUUCAGCUACAACUAUUUUGGGUUCAAGACGCUGGAAAGGUCAUAUCUGUUGAAAAUUGACAACAAAGUUGCUGAACGUCCCCAACACAUGUUGAUGAGAGUUGCUGUAGGAAUACACGAAAAUGAUAUAGAGGCUGCUAUUGAGACAUACAAUUUGUUGUCAGAAAAAUGGUUCACACAUGCCUCACCAACAUUGUUCAAUGCAGGAACAUGUCGACCCCAGUUGUCAAGCUGUUUCUUGUUGACCAUGCAUUCUGACAGUAUCGAGGGCAUCUACGACACGUUAAAACAAUGUGCCCUAAUAUCAAAGUCAGCUGGUGGGAUUGGUUUGAAUGUACACAAUAUUCGAGCUACAGGAAGCUACAUUGCUGGGACAAAUGGUAUUUCAAACGGACUGUUACCGAUGUUGAGAGUUUACAACAAUACAGCCAGAUAUGUUGACCAAGGUGGCAAUAAGAGACCAGGUGCCUUUGCUAUGUACCUUGAACCAUGGCAUGCAGAUAUAUUUGAUUUCUUGGACUGUAAGAAGAACACGGGAAAGGAAGAGCAAAGGGCAAGAGACUUGUUUUAUGCCAUGUGGAUACCAGAUUUGUUUAUGAAGCGAGUGGAAUCCAAUGGGGAUUGGACCCUGAUGUGUCCUCAUGAAUGUAGGGGAUUGGCUGACUGCUGGGGAGAAGAAUUUGAAAAGUUAUAUGAAGGGUAUGAAAAGGAAGGACGUGGCCGUAAAACCAUCAAAGCCCAACAGUUGUGGUAUGCCAUCAUAGAAUCUCAAACAGAAACUGGUACCCCAUACAUGUUAUACAAGGAUCACUGUAAUAGAAAGUCAAAUCAACAAAAUCUAGGAACCAUUAAAUGUAGUAACUUGUGUACAGAAAUUGUGGAAUACAGCAGUCCUGAUGAGGUUGCAGUGUGUAAUUUAGCAUCCAUAGCAUUGAAUAUGUAUGUAAAACCAGAUAAAACUUUUGACUUUGAGAAACUUAAGAUGGUGACAAAAGUCAUAGUACGGAAUCUAAAUAAGAUUAUUGAAGUCAACUAUUACCCUGUUCCUGAGGCCAAAAGGUCCAACUUCAGACACAGACCUAUUGGUAUUGGAGUCCAGGGACUAGCAGAUGCUUUCAUCUUGAUGAGGUUCCCGUUUGAAAGUGAAGAGGCCCAGAAACUGAACAGGGAAAUCUUCGACACAAUCUACUAUGCAGCUUUGGACGCCAGUUGUGAUUUAGCUAAGAAGUUAGGCACAUAUGAAACAUAUAAAGGCUCACCUGUCAGCAAAGGGAUUAUGCAACAUGAUAUGUGGAAUGUUAAAGACACUGGAAUAAAUGACUGGGAUGCAUUAAGAAAGAAGAUAGCAAAACAUGGAAUAAGGAACAGUUUAUUGUUAGCUCCAAUGCCUACAGCUUCUACAGCACAAAUCCUGGGUAACAAUGAGUCUAUAGAAGCUUACACCAGUAACAUCUACAGCAGAAGGGUAUUGUCAGGAGAAUUCCAGAUUGUGAAUCACCAUUUGUUGAAAGAUCUGACAGAAUUGGGAUUGUGGAAUGAAGAUAUGAAGAACAAGAUUAUUGCUCAUGGUGGAUCAAUUCAAAAUGUUGAUGAAAUCCCAGAAAAAUUGAAGAAGCUGUACAAAACUGUAUGGGAAAUAUCACAGAAGACGGUCAUCAAAAUGUCUGCCGACAGAGGUGCUUUUAUUGACCAGAGCCAAUCUCUCAACAUCCAUAUAGCUGAACCUAACUAUGGAAAGUUGACCAGCAUGCACUUCUAUGCAUGGAAAUUGGGUUGUAAAACAGGAAUGUAUUAUCUAAGAACCAAGGCAGCAGCCCAAGCAAUUCAAUUCACAGUAGAUAAGAAAAAGCUGCAGCAGUCUUCCACAACUAAAUCUGCCGACAAUUCAGAGUCGAAGACCGAUGGAGAAACACAAGACAACAACAUGGCAGCUAUGGCUUGCUCACUGAAGAACAAAGAUGACUGUCUUAUGUGUGGAUCAUAGUGUUAUUCGUGUCAACUUUUGUCUGUCUGUCUCUCGUGCUCAUAUUGUUGUCAUUGUGUUCGUUAACUCAUUAGUGCAGAGAAUAGUUUAGGUGACCUGCAAUGUUAAAAUUAUAUUGAAUCUCGUAGAUAUUGUUUCCAAUCUACAUUGUAGUUGAAGAUCAUGUAAUGCCAUACUAUUCUCACUAUAUUAGUGCUUGAUUUUAAUCUAAUUUGACUAAAGGUUGUAUUUGAAAAUUAAAGGGUCAAAAAUGAAAUAUUGUUAUUUCCGAUAUUUGGCUUUCCUUACAUGCCAAAAUAGGGAACUCAUGUUUUCUUCCAUGACUGUUCCAUUCUUCUGAUGAGUGAUCAGAGGUCAAUUAAGGUGGUACAAAACACCUCGACUAAAAUUUAUUUGGCUCGUUUAAUUUUCAUAGAAUUUUGACAAAAUAUUUACUUUUUUACGUAACAAGAUCAUUACUACACAAAUAAUUUUCUUGACAAAUUGAGGAAGAAAUUCAUAUUUUACAUUUCUUUUUCUUGAAUGUUCACUGCGCAGGUACAUCUUGAUUAGAAGAAUCCUUACAAUGUCAGGAAUGUGUCAAGGUGGUACAUAACACUACAGGGAGGGGGGGGGGGGGAAACUUAUUUUAUUUUAGGAGCUGGCCUAACCUAAUGAAAAUUUAAAUACAAAAUAUUUACUUCUGAUUUUUAUGAAGGGGUCUCUCUUUAAAUCAUGUAUGGUGUUUUCAAGUAAUUAUUCAUUAAAUGAAAUAAAUUUGAUAUUAAAUAUUUUUAAAUAAAAAAAAAGUGGAUGUAAUGUAUAUUGUUAUGUUUCGUAUAAUUAUGGAGUUUCUUGGGAAUUACUGAAGUAAUAUGUUGUGUUAAUAUCCAGUUGCCAUAUACAUGUCCUUUAAUUAUAGUAAUAUUUAUAGCUAUUUAUUAAAUCAUCUCAAACCACA